AUUCAAAGUUUUCUUCUUUUGGAUUCUUCUUCUCUUCAGUUUAAAAUGGGGUAGAGGAGUUUACGUAAGUCAGCGGUUGAGCUUUCAUUGAUUUGAGUUGUGGUUUUAAGAGUUUCGGGAACUGGAAGUUCUUUUCCAUGGCGUAUGCAGAGAAUUUCAGAGGUUCGUCGGUUUCCCAGCCUAAUUUCUCUAGUGAACGAAAGGAUACAGGUUAUGUAGGUGAUGAACUCUAUGCAGAACUAUGGAGAGCUUGUGCAGGUCCUCUCGUCGAUGUUCCUCGUUUGGGCCAGAGGGUUUUCUACUUCCCGCAAGGUCACAUGGAACAACUAGAAGCAUCAACAAACCAGGAAUUGAAUCAGCAAAUUCCUAUGUUUAAUCUUCCUUCGAAGAUCCUUUGUCGUGUUAUACAUAUAGAAUUGCUGGCUGAACAAGAAACCGAUGAAGUUUACGCGCAAAUUACUUUACAACCUGAAUUAGAUCAAAGUGAGCCCAGGAGUCCUGAUCCAAGCACUCCUGAACCUCUGCGACCCACCGUUCACUCUUUCUGCAAGAUUUUAACUGCGUCUGAUACAAGUACUCAUGGCGGCUUCUCUGUUCUUCGGAAACACGCUAACGAAUGCCUUCCUCCAUUGGACAUGAACCAGCCAACUCCAACCCAGGAAUUGACUGCAAAGGAUCUUCAUGGUUAUGAGUGGCGAUUUAAGCAUAUCUUCAGAGGUCAACCCCGCAGGCAUUUACUUACAACGGGAUGGAGUACGUUCGUCACUUCUAAGAGAUUGGUUGCAGGGGAUGCAUUUGUUUUCCUGAGGGGGGAGAAUGGAGAAUUACGUGUUGGAGUUAGACGUCUUGCUCGUCAACAAAGUACCAUGCCAUCGUCUGUGAUAUCAAGCCAAAGCAUGCACCUUGGAGUUCUUGCUACUGCAUCUCAUGCUGUAGCUACUCAGACCCUCUUUAUCGUUUUUUACAAGCCAAGGACGAGUCAGUUCAUUAUAGGCUUGAACAAGUAUUUGGAAGCUGCUAAGAAUGGGUUUUCAGUUGGUAUGAGAUUCAAGAUGCGAUUUGAGGGUGAAGAUUCCCCUGAAAGAAGGUUUACCGGUACAAUUGUUGGGGUUGGAGAUGUCUCUACCCAGUGGAAAGAUUCUAGAUGGAGAUCAUUGAAGGUUCAAUGGGAUGAACCUGCAUCUCCUAUCCAAAGACCAGAGAGGGUUUCUCCAUGGGAGAUUGAUCCUUUUGUUGCUUCUGCUCCUUCAAACCUGACUCCACUUGCAGUAAAGAACAAAAGGCCAAGACCACCAAUAGACCCCCCUGUACUUGAAACUGCUGCUAAUUCUGCAGCUUCAGUAUACUGGUAUCCUGGAUCGACCCAGUCCCAUGACCUAACACAGAUGAGUGGUGUUGAAGCCCAAAGCAACGAAAAUCAAGCUUUGUGGCAUCCAAAGCAGCAAGAAUCUAAGGGCAGCCUCAUCAAUAGCAGCAAUAGCUGUACCUCGAAGACCUGGACGGAUGGGGGGUGGCUGCAAUCUCCACAAGUGGAUGUCUCCCUGAAUCUGUUUCAGGAGUCGGCUGAAGAUCGUAAAACUGGUAUUUCAUGUUCGUUUCUCCCAGGUUUUUCUACCGUGGACGCAUCGAAGCUGAGCAACAAUUUGAUGGUUGAUCCUGUAGACAGAAGGAAGAAACCUGAGAUGGCAAGUGGUUACCGGUUGUUUGGGAUCGAUCUGGUAAAUAUACCAGAUAUCCCGGGUUCUACGGAGAAGACACCAUCAUGUCCCAUGAGUGUAUCCAGUGCAACCAUUGAUGGAUCGACCCCACUGGCUGGUUCGGGAGCUGAUUCAGACCAAAAAUCGGACCUCUCAAAGGUCUCGAAGGAACAGAAACAAUGUUUGCUACAGGUGUCACCAAAGGAGAGUCAAAGCAAGCUGAGUUUCUGUAGUUCUUCCACCAGGAGUCGUAUCAAGGUUCAAAUGCAAGGGAUUGCUGUUGGUCGGGCUGUUGACUUGACUGCGUUGGAAGGGUACGAUCAACUUAUAUUUGAACUGGAGGAUAUGUUUGAGAUUGAAGGAGAGCUUCGUGACCGGGACAAAUGGCAACUUGUGUUCACUGAUGAUGAAGGAGACACGAUGCUUCUGGGAGAUGAUCCUUGGCAGGAGUUCGUCAAGAUGGUGAGGAAAAUCCUUAUCUGCUCAGGCCAACAAGUGAAGAAGAUGGGUACAGGAAGCAAGGGUCCAGCAUCAUCAUUAGAGGGUGAUGGGACAGUUGUAUCCAUUGAUUCAGAGUUGAAAACUGAAACAUGAGAGAGAUUGGUUUACUCUUACCUUCGUUAUAUUUUGUUAUUCCCUCCCUUUGCUUAUGCUUAAAAAAAAAAAGUGGGUACUUCACUGUAGCAACUCAGUUUUUAAGAGCUUGCUAAGUAUUAAAAACAGGAACCAUCUGGCAAAGGAGGUAGGAUUGUUGUGUAUGAAUAUGGUAGAGUUGUUUUUUGGGGUCUCAAUUGAGGGGAAAGGGGGAGAGGGAAUGUGUUUGAUCUUGUAAAUAUGUAUUACUUUGUGUUUGCGCCGGGCGCUGGACGGUUAAUGCUUUAACAAACACCCUUUGUGGUCUGUUUUUGAUUUUGAGUGCAAUUUGG